GCCGAAAAUACCCGAACAACGCCCUCAUUACAAUCAAGAUGGCGGACGGACUCGGUGAUUUUGAAGAUCAGCCUGCACAACAGCAGCAAGAAGAGGACCCCGCGGCCGCCUUUCUGGCCCGGGAGCAGGAUGAGCUAGCAGGUAUAGAAGAUGACGAUGUAGCGGGUUCACAAGAGGAGACUCCAGCUGCCCCUGCACAAGUUCCGAGUGCCAUGGAUGAUAACCUGGACUUUCUAUCAGGUGGAGGAGGAGACAGUGGUAGUGGGGCAGCAGACUGGGAGGGGGAACAGCAGAACGGAGACAUCUUUGGUGCUGACCAGGGAGGGCCACAGAGUAAUGGUCCUGUGCCCACCCCGGCACCCAGACGGGAGGAGCCUGAGAAGAUCCGCAAGUGGAGAGAAGAGCAGAAGGCUAUGCUGGAGAAGAAAGAUGCUGAGGCAGAGCGACUGCGUGAAGAGUGGAAGAAAGAGGCUGCAGAUGAGCUCAGGAAGUGGUAUGCACAGAGGGAGGAACAGCUGGAGAAAACCAAGGCUUCUAAUAGGGUUGCAAACAAGGAACUGCUAAAGCAGCUGGAGGAUGAUGCUCUUGCGACGCACACGCGCCGCAGCCGCACGUCCGCAGAAGAGGCAUUCCGAGAGGAAGUUGCGGAGUCCAACCCUGGUCAGGAGUGGGAACGUGUGGCGCGCAUGUGUGACUUCAACCCCAAGAGUUCUAAGGGCAGCAAGGACACAGGGCGCAUGAGAUCCAUCCUUCUUCACUUGAAGCAGGAAGGCCUGCAGCGUUAAGAAACAUAGCCUCUCAUUCGAAACAAUAGAACAUGCUGAAGAUAGCAGCACGUCUGAAAAUCAGUAUCUAUCACAUAUAUGUAUAUCCCAGGUAGUGUCAUGUAAUUGUGCUAUUACAGUGGUUUUACUAGAAAGUGUGUGAAGAAGAAUGGUCUAUGUGGUAGGUGAAAAUUCUAAAUAAUAGAGAGCCUGUAAGAAUAAAUUUGAUUGUUAGAAAGUAAAAAUUCCUUUUUUGUCAUAACAAAUUCACUUGGGUAUUGUAGCCUUCCUAUCGAGUCAAUUAUUUUUACAGCUUGUCCUUUAUGUAAAAGAUCAAUACUACACCAAACUAUGUUGUAUCUUAGCACCAAACGAUAUUUCAUAAUUACCAAUAGAUUUCCUUGAGUAUAUACAAACAAGGACAACUAUCGUGAUGAAGUAGAGGAAAACUUUGUCUAGUAACACUAAAAAUAGAGGUGAUUCUGAGAAUGCAUAAUAAAGCAAUGUACAUUCCCAUCCCA